GGCGGCGGCCCUAAGAUGGCGGCGGCGGAGCUGCGCUGCACCGUGGCCGUGGAGGAGCCGCUGCCGGGCGGGGCGGCCCCGCGGCGCCGCGUGGUGCGGGGCGCGCUGGUGCUGCUGGGCCGCAACGAGCUGCGGCAGCCGGUGCUGCGGGUGCUCGGCGGUACCGGCACCGGCACGGCGCUGAGCUUCCCGCUGAGCGGCGACGCCGUGCGGCUCUUCGCCCGGUUCGCCGGCGAGGGGCGGGCGGCGGUGCGGCUGGCCCCGGGCGGCGCCCAGCUGCUGCUGUCCGACUGCCCGCCCGACGCCCUCCGCCGCUUCCUCCGCCUGCUGCGGCACAAGCUGGCCGCCGGGCCGCGGGGCGCCCCGCGCUGCCCCCGCCUGCUGGCCCGGCCGCCGCCCGCCUUCGCCAUCAUCAGCCCGCUGCGGGAGCGGGACGUGCUGCGCCGCCCCGGCCGCCCCCGGGAGGAGGGUGGCGGUGAGGAGCCGGGGCAGCGCCCGGCGGAGGUGCCUCGUGCGGAGCGGCGGCCCCCGGCGAGGCUCUCGGCGGAGCAGGAGGCGGUGCUGGGCGCGGUGCGCAGCGGGAAGGGCGUCUUCUUCACCGGCUGCGCGGGGACCGGGAAGUCAUUCCUGCUGAAGAAGGUCGUGGGCUCCCUCCCUCCAAACAGCACCUAUGCCACAGCCAGCACCGGGGUGGCAGCUUGCCACAUCGGUGGCACGACUCUCCAUGCCUUUGCAGGGAUUGGCUCUGGGAAGGCGCCGCUAGAGCAGUGUAUCCAGCUGGCAGAGAGACCUGGAGUGCGCCAGCACUGGCUGGCCUGCCAGCACUUAAUUAUCGAUGAGAUCUCAAUGGUGGAUGGCAAGUUCUUUGACAAGCUAGAGGCAGUGGCGAGAGCAGUAAGGAAACGGGAUGAGCCUUUUGGAGGAAUUCAGCUAAUCAUCUGUGGGGACUUCUUGCAGCUACCCCCAGUGUGCAAGGCUAAUGAAGAAAUCAAGUUCUGCUUCCAGGCAAAAAGCUGGAGGAAAUGCAUCCACAUAAACAUGGAGCUCACUGAAGUGCGGAGACAGACCGAUAAGACGUUUAUCUCGCUCCUGAGUGCAGUCCGUUUAGGCAGGUGCACAGAGGAGGUUACCAGUCUGCUGAUGCAGACAGCUACUAACAGGUCUGAGCGUGAUGGGAUCCUGGCUACGCGGCUCUGCACUCACAAAGAUGACGUAGAACUAACUAAUGAGAAACGCUUGCAACAGCUAUCAGGAGAAGUGCACACUUUUGAGGCUUUGGACAGUGACCCAAUGCUCGUGAAGUUAAUUGAUGCUCAGUGUCCUGUGGGUGGUAAAGUUGUGUUAAAGGUUGGAGCUCAGGUGAUGCUAGCUAAGAAUCUGGACGUGUCGCAAGGGCUGGUGAAUGGAGCACGAGGAGUUGUUGUGGGAUUUGAAAGUGAUCAGAAGGGGCUGCCCAAGGUGAGGUUUCUCUGCGGGGUCACACAAAUCAUCAAAAUGGAGAGGUGGGUCUUCAAAGGGCCACCUGGAGUACAUCUGAGUCGCCAACAGUUGCCCCUAAAACUGGCAUGGGCCAUUUCCAUUCACAAGAGUCAGGGCAUGUCUCUAGAUUGUGUGGAAAUCUCCCUGUCUCGUGUCUUUGAAAGUGGGCAGGCUUAUGUAGCCCUUUCUCGAGCCCGUAGCCUUGCAGGUCUCCGUGUUCUGGAUUUUGACCCAAAAGUAGUGAGAGCUGAUCCUUCUGUGUUGCAGUUUUAUAGACAACUGAGACGUCAUCAACUUCUAACCCAGGAUUCACUACAUACCCAUUCAGAUGCUGAUGAAAAAGAGAACUGGAAAAGCAGCUGAGAAUGGUCUUCUGGCCUCUAUGAGGCAUCAACACAUAUGGUUGAGUUGCAGCGAUCUUGCUGUUGAGUAUAUUUGAUAAUGUAGAUGAAUUCAAAAGAUUUUUUUUUUAAUGUUUGUUUCAUUCAGCUGACUCUGGAUGUAUAGAAGUGUCCCUGUCUUGUGCCUCUGAAAUCUAGAAGUCUUCUGUAGCCCCUUUCUGGGUCCACAGUCCCAAGCACUUGUGUGUCUCCAGUGUGACUUUACCAAAAAAAAUGACUGAACAAGGAUGUUGCUGAGGGACCUUCCUAUGGUUCUAUCCUGGCUGCAUUUUUAUCCUGCACAUAUGUGGACUGCGAAACUUGUAUUUUUUUUUCUUCAAGUAUACCACAGCUGGGAGAUGGGAAGUCUGUGUCCCCUUUGCCUGAAUGAUCUGGACCUGUUCACUAGAGCUGCUGACGUGAGGGGAAAGCAAUGCGAAGUAUCUGGAGUACAUGUGAUUCUCCUGGAAGUGUGGAGCUGCCAGGAGCUAGGCUACUGCUUCAAAUUGCGUGUUGGGAUGUUUUUGCAUUUCAAAUGUUUAACACCAGUAGGCUUUGCACAACUUCAUCCACAAACAAAACUGUAAAAAGUUGUGUAAUCUAUUAUGCUGAUGCACAUUCAUUGUGUUAGCCUGUUGCGUAUGGUAACACAUGAUUUUAUUUUUUUAAUCCUUCCAAGAUGAGCUGGCGCUGUUAAAGUUAGGAACAAGUCCUACAUUUUCUACCCAUAAUCAUGGAACCACAAGAAUUGGGAAGAUCCAUUACCCCGGAGCAAGAAGGGAGUGAGCAGAGAGAGGUGCUGAUGGGCCCCCCUUUUGUUUAAGCACGUGAGGUUCUUUCAAAGGGGAGGGGGUUUGUUAGAACUAACACACAGCUAGUGAGGUGGAAGUUGAGUGUGUAAUAGGGAAAUGGCCAAGGACAUGGGAAGUGAACCGUAACCACUUUUUUCAGCAAAAGGAGGGCUGAACAGAACUAAUGUACUGUCUUUUUAAAGCCUUAAUAAAGGAGAA